AUGGCAAUCGUCUUUGCUAUACAAAAGCGUAGGUAUUAUCUACUAGGAAGGAAGUUCCUGGUGAGAACGGAUCAGAAGAGUCUGAAAUUCCUGUUGGAGCAGAGGGAGAUCAACAUGGACUACCAACGAUGGCUCUCAAAAUUGCUAGGGUUCGACUUCGACAUUCAGUACAAACUGGGGUUAGAGAACAAAGCGGCAGAUGCCUUGUUACGCAAAGAAGUGGUAUCAACCUUGUUUGUUAUGUCGAUCCCUGCGGCAAUCCAGUUGGAGGAAAUUUUUUCUAAGUUAGAUAAGGACGAGGAACUGCAGAACAUUUUCCGAGAUCUCGCUACAAAUGCUGAAUCUCAUCCAAAUUUCUCACUGGUGAACGGACGGUUGCUUAGGCAAGGUAGACUGGUUAUUCCAAAAACUUCUACAGUCAUCGGAUUGAUCCUGAAGGAGUUUCAUGAUGGAAAAAUGGGUGGACAUGGAGGGGUACUCAAAACGCAGAAAAGGAUUAGUGAUAUGUUCUACUGGUCGGGGACGAUGCAGAACAUCAGACAAUAUGUUGCUGCAUGUCAAGUUUGCCAGAGAUACAAAUACUCGACUUUGGCUCCUCGGGGACUACUACAGCCUCUGCCAAUACCAGAGAAGAUAUGGGAAGACUUGUUCAUGGAUUUUGUCGAAGGACUACCAAAGUCGAGAGACAAUAACACGAUCUUGGUGGUGGUGGACAGAGUACAGACAGAAGUGACGAAUCACAGCCUGGAAACCUACCUUCGAUGCUUUGGAGGGGACCAGCCUCGUACUUGGGCUAAAUAUCUAGCAUGGGCGAAGUACUGCUACAGUUCAUCGUUCCAUUCAGCCAUAGGAACGACUCCCUUCCAAGCACUGUAUGGCAGGAAACCUCCCCCAGUAAUCAAGUAUGAGAAUUGUUCGACAGCCUAUGCGGAUUUGGAGAAACAAAUGCUGGAAAGGGAUGCACUGUUAUCAGUGAUCAAGGCUCAACUACACAAGGCUCAGCAACAAAUGAAGAAGAGAGCUGAUGGACAUAGAAAAGAGGUAGAGUUUGAGAUUGGGGAACAAGUAUACUUGGAAAUGAGACCAUACAGGCGUCGCUCAUUGGCCAGGCGAGUCAAUGAGAAACUGGCAGCUCGCUAUUAUGGACCAUACCCCAUGGAAGCAAAGGUUGGGAAGGUAGCUUAUCGGUUGAAGCUACCAGUCAAGGCUAAGAAACACCCCACUUUUCACGUGUCCCAGUUAAAGCGAGCGAUAGGAGAACUACAAGCAGCAACCUCCAUUCCUACUUGGAUAACUGAAGAUGGGUUUCUCCACGCAGAGCCGAAAGUAGUAGCAGGUACUCGUAAAAACACUGUCACCGGUCAGUCGGAAGUGCUUAUCAAGUGGAAGGGAAUGCCAGAUUAUGAGAGCUCAUGGGAGUGGGUUUCCACCAUCAAGGGACAGUUUCCCAAGUUCAACCUUGAGGACAAGGUUGUAAUUGAAGGGGAGGGUAAUGAUACGUAUGAACCAAGGCAUCCAGUAGUUCUGUUUCAGUAUCGAAGGAGGCUCAAGGCCAAGAAGAAUCCAACAAGGGAGGAAGGACCUAGAAGCGGUGAGGUGUCCUGUUGA